AUGGGAGCUGAAGAACGUCCUACGUGUCCUGUUGAUCAUAAUUCGAAAAAGAUAUGGACCAAAGCACUAUCUGCGGAAGGUGCUUCUGGUCUUCCUGAAGGUCACCCACAACUUCCUGCUACAGAAGGCGCAACUCAACCUGCUUGUCCUGUCGACCAUAAAACACGUACCGUUUGGCUGCAGAAAACAGCUGGUACCGGCGUGGAGGAUGUAGAGUGCUCAUCUGACAAGCUUUUGGAAACCCCAAAGUACCAGACUAAUGUGAAGUUACCAACGGAAAGAGAAAUAUCAUCUAUUCCUAGAAGUGGGACUGAUGGCAACUGGGUUUACCCUUCAGAAAAGCAGUUUUACGAGGCAAUGUUGCGUAAGGACUGGAAACCUAACGCUGAAGACAUGAAAACCGUGAUUCCUAUCCAUAAUUCCGUUAACGAAAGAGUAUGGAACUACAUCAAGAUAUGGGAGUCUGGUACCGGAGCAGAUUCUUGUGGUGGUAUAAAAUUGAGCAGUUUUAAGGGUGAUUCAAAGCGUCUAACCCCCCGUGCUUGGCUAAGAAGUACUUUACUAGGAAAAUCGAAGCCAUUUGAUAGACAUGAUUGGAAAAUUAAUAGAUGUGGGAAAGAAAUUGAAUACGUUAUUGAUUUCUACGCCGACGAAACCCCGAAACUUGGGCCACAAAUCUACCUAGAUGUUAGACCAAAGCUUAAUAGCUAUGAAGGAUUCAGGCUCAGAAUCCUUAAAGCCUUAGGUUACUAG